AUGGAGGGGGAGGAUACUGUGUCUGGAGAAGGGUGGAUCUCUGAUGACAGCAGCUUCUAUGGUGAUGAAGUUGAACAACGACACCAAUCAAGACUGUGCAAGAAAUUCAAGCACGAACCGUUCUGGCAUGCACAUCAUAAGGACCUAAAUGUGCUUACGAUGGCUGCCAGGACACCUAAACCACCAUCCGGCAAAGCCAAGUUAGGCACAGAUCCUGUGGCGAAGGGCAAUACCUUCACUAUGACGGGUGUUGAUCGCAAAAUUAUGGAGCAGGAACGACUCGAGAGGCUAGGCAAGCGAAAGCGAGGCCCUUCGCCCAUACUGUCGUCGCAGCACGAACUGUUCAAUCUCCUAGAAGGACAGUUCGAUGCGUGGCAACUAGGCGAGUCUGUUGACGAUUUUGCCAGAAGACUCUCUCCCGUUACUACCUCUAUCUCGACAUGUCCCUGGAUUUGGGCCGCUAAUCCGCAUCGCAACCCUCGCGACAAGUCACCUUCGUCUCGCGUUGAAGACUUCACAUCGCGUGGCAUGGACCUACUUGAGCAGUCGCUUCAGGUCCGCCGCAACAUACAGAAAGAAGGUGCCCGAGCACCCAGAGGCAUGGUGACUAAACAGCUGUAUCAAGAGAGUAAGGCCCUACAGGAACGAAUUACAAGCCUCGCAAAGGAUACGCAUGUUCUCUCUGGGAAGUGGAUGCUGUUCCCAAAGUCUAUGGAUGUCGGCCGGGUUUGGAAGCAAGUUGUUGCAAUCGUGAUCGACAAUCGACUCGGUUGUACCUGCAAGGUGGCUACCGAUGAUGGCAGGGAAGAGAGACUGAUCUGUGUCUACACAAAGGACUUCCAGGAUGCUGACGACGUGUUGCGAGUACUCCACGAGCUCGAGCAUAUGGGCCUCCUUAACGCCGGUAAAACCAUCUAUUACAAACCAGACGCCUACACUUACCUAAAUCUUGCACGCGAGACAGCCGCAGAAUAUGGUCUACAAGCUAGCCUUUAUAACUCCCGGUCUCUGUUGGCGGCUGACAAGGUGUCAAAGUCAGCAUCGCUCGACCGGAAAAAGCAGUCGGCGUUGAACAAGUUUCUUUGA